UGUAAAGAAUAGUACAACACAACAUAAAACAACGAGAAAGCAACAAAAUGGCGCCACCGGCUCGAGCCCUCCUCUCACGUCAAAGAUUGAUUCUUGGUACCUUUCUUGGUGGCGGAGCUCUUUUUGUCAGUAUGAAAUGGAAAGCCGUUAUGCAAAGAAGUGAGGCCGCGAAGAUUGCUGGAUCAAAACAAAAUUUUGCUGUUGCUGCUGGUAGAAGCGGUGGUGGAAUUUGAACAUUCUAAAUGGACUCGAUCGAUAACUGGUUAGAAUUAUAAAUUGGGAGAAAAUUGGCACACACGGAAUCGGGUAUUACAUGGCAGAUAUGAUAGAUGAUAAACACGCAUACACAGGUGGGGCUACAUUAGGUUCACGAUGCAACAGAGAAAGUAUAGUCUAGGGCGUUUGGGAUUCAUUCUGGUGACGAAGAGAGAACCAUACAGAAAUGCCUUGAGAUGGAUGACAAGAUCGUUGUGUUACAC